GCCAGCGCUCCCAUAAGCCGGUCAGUGCAGGAUACCCUAGUUCCAGUCCUAGCUCUCUACUGGAUAUAUUCUAAAUACAAACUACUCCGAUUAAACUACGAUGUCGGAGGAGGAAGGAGGAGCAGAGGAUGUCUCCUUCCUCCGAACUGAGGAUAUGGUGACACUAUCCUGCACUGGAACUGGAGAAAGGGUUUGUCUAUCAGCUGAAGGUUUCGGGAAUAGACAAUGCUUCCUAGAGAGUAUUGCGGACAAGAAUGUUCCGCCUGACUUGUCUCAGUGUGUGUUUGUGAUUGAGCAAGCACUCUCUGUUCGUGCUCUCCAGGAGAUUAUUUCUUCUAAUGACGCUGAGGCGGGUAAAGGUUUAGGGUCCGGACAUAAAACCCUUCUCUACGGAAAUGCAAUCCUUCUUCGUCACUGUAACAGUGAUAUGUACUUGGCUUGCUUAUCGAGUAGUUCUUCCAAUGACAAGCUUGCUUUUGAUGUUGGUCUUCAGGAACAAUCUGAAGGACCAGGAUUCGUUCAGGGCUCUAGUAAUCCAGGAGAAGCCUGUUGGUGGACAGUUCAUCCUGCGUCCAAGCAAAGGUCGGAGGGUGAGAAGGUUCGGGUUGGAGAUGAUGUUAUCUUUGUAUCCGUAGCUACUGAGAGAUAUUUGCAAGCGACCAAGGAGAAUAACCAAUCUAUUGUGAACGCAUCGUUCCAUGUAACUCAGUGGAACGUAUCUCCCUUUGGAACAGGUCUGAGCCGGCUCAAGAACCAACCUUGUGUCUUCGGAGGAGAUGUUCUCAGGUUCACUCAUGGAGGGGACGAAUGUCUUACAAUCCCAUCCAAUUGGUCUUUGGAGUCACCAGAAACUAAUAUUGUUGUGUAUGAGGGUGGUUCAGUGAUGCAGCAGGCUAGAUCCCUGUGGAGGUUGGAGCUGGCUAGAACUAAGUGGGCUGGGGGAUAUAUCAACUGGUAUCAUCCUAUGAGGAUCCGUCACAUCACUACAGGGCUAUAUCUCGGAGUUAUGGAGGAUGGGACGGAUGUUCGUCUGCUUAGCAAAGAAGAGGCUAAUCUAGGAGCAACUAGUUUCUACCUCAGGGACGUCAAGGACGAUAACAAGGUUUUACUAGAGGACAAGGAUCUUGAGAUUAUUGGAGUUCCCAACGUUCGAUAUGAUGAUGUAUCCGUGAUAGCUCAGCAUAUAGAGACUGGAUACUGGUUGUCCUAUAAGGCCUACCAGGUUAAGAAGAAGGGGGUUGGUUUGGUUGAGGAGAAGAGAGUUCUGCUUCAUGAAGAAGGAAGGAUGGAUGACGGGUGUGAGUUUGCAAGAUCUCAGGAGGAGGAGGCUAGAACUGCCAGAGUAAUUAAGAAAUGUUCCGCUCUUUUUAACUCCUUUAUCUCCGGCCUUGAAGUCAUGGUUUCAACAAAAAGCACGGAAACUUUUCUCUCGGACUGCAAACUCUCUGAGAUGGUUGGAUGUCUUGAUGAUCUUAAUAAUUACUUUGUUCAACCUGAAGACGAUUUGAGCCAUGAGGAACGACAAAAGUUCCUGAAAGCACUCCGAAACCGACAGGAUUUAUUCCAGGAGGAAGGAAUCUUGAACCUAAUCCUUGAUAUGAUUGACAAGAUGAAUGUAAUCACAAGUCAAGGUUUGCUUUCAUCCUUUGCAGGAGAGGAGGCUGGAGAUCAAUGGGAAUCUAUUUCAGCUUCUUUAUUCCAACUUCUAGCUGCAGUUAUCCGAGGAAACCACACUAACUGCUCCCAGUUUGCGCAGGCGCAGAGGCUAAACUGGUUGUUCAGUAAGCUAGGCGGAGAGGGUGCUGGCAUGAUGGAUGUACUGUACUGUGUACUCAAUGACUCCCCUGAAGCCCUAAACAUGAUGCAGGAGGAGCAUAUCAAGGUGAUUAUCUCCCUCCUGGAAAAGUUUGGAAGAGAUCCCAAGGUUUUGGAUAUUCUGUGUAAUCUGUGCAAGGGAAGUGGAGUUGCUGUCAGAUCUUCUCAGAACAAUAUUGUAGAUUUCCUUCUACCAGGGAAGAAUCUUCUCCUCUACUCUGCUGUAGUUGAUCAUGUUGCUUCCUCCCGACCUAACAUGUUUGUUGGAUCAGUUCCAGGAUCAAACCUUUACUCGAAAUGGUAUUUCGAGGUGUGUAUUGACCAUGUGGAACAACAAUCCCAUAUGGCACCUCACUUCCGAGUAGGCUGGGGGAACACGUCGGGAUAUAUUCCGUAUCCAGGAGGAGGAGAGAAGUGGGGAGGGAACGGUGUUGGAGAUGAUCUCUACUCCUAUGGUUUUGAUGGAGCAUAUCUGUGGACUGGAGGAAGGAGUACCAUGGUUAUCCCUAGCGUCAAUGAGCCCUAUGUGAAGAAAGGAGAUAAUAUUGGCUGUGCUCUGGACUUAUCCGUCCCAAUCAUCACUUUCUUCUACAAUGGAAUGAAGAUACCAGGAUAUUUUAGAAAUUUUAAUCUUGAAGGAAUGUUCUUUCCUGUAAUCUCUGCAUCAGCAAAGAUCAGUUGCAGGUUUCUGUUCGGAGGAGAACACGGACGGUUGAAAUAUUCUCCUCCGGAGGGAUUCUCUCCAUUGUAUGAUUGCCUUCUCCCAACCCAGAUCCUGGCAAUCGAUCCUUGCUUUUAUUUCGGCGAGGUUUCUAAAGGAGUUUUAUCUGGUCCUUUACCUGUAGAAGAUGAUGUUGCAUAUAUACCACAACCCGUAGAUACAAGCACUAUUCAACUUCCGAGCUUUGUGGAGAAUAUUCGAGACAAGCUUGCUGAGAAUAUUCAUGAGAUGUGGGCAAUGGGUAAAAUAGAAGCAGGUUGGACUCACGGAGAGAGAAGGGAUGAUACAAUGGGUCUUCACCCUUGUCUUACUCAGUUCCAGAAUCUACCCCAGGCAGAGAAGCGGUAUAAUGUUCAGCUUGCUGUUCAAACAUUGAGAACGAUCAUAGCUCUAGGAUAUAAUAUCAGCAUGGAUAAACCUCCAGCAAGAAUAAGAGCUGUAAGACUACCAAAUGAUCCGUUUCUUCAAUCCAAUGGAUAUAAACCUGCUCCUCUAGAUCUAUCCGCUAUAGAACUAACAACCAAGAUGGAAGAAUUGGUUGAUCUAUUGGCGGAGAAUACUCACAAUCUCUGGGCUAAGGAGAGGAUUAGUCAGAGCUGGACCUAUGGUUUGAACGAGGACUCUGAGAGGAAACGUAGUCCUCAUCUUCUCCCGUACAUAUAUGUUGAUGAGGCAAUUAAGAUAGCGAAUAGGAACACUGCAAGUGAGACGGUUCGAACCUUGCUAGUCUACGGAUACAUUCUAGAUCCUCCCACAGGAGAAAUAGAAGCUACAGAACUCAAGGUCUCUCAUCAUCCUACUCACAGAACAUAUAGAGCAGAACGAACCUACGGAGUAUCAAGUGGAAAAUGGUAUUACGAGGUAGAAGUUCUAACUCCGGGUUCAGUUUGUGUAGGUUGGGCUUUAACUGAAGCUUGUCCGGACGCAUCUUUAGGUGGAGAUGAAAGCUCCUGGUCCUAUGAUGGGUCUAAGGAGGAGAAACUUCACGGAGGAGUUAACGAUACUUAUGGAAAGAAAUGGCAGGUUGGGGAUACUAUUGGAGUUUUCCUGGAUACCAAUGAUAGAACAAUCGUAUUCUCUCUGAACGGAGAACUGUUGGUUGAUCCAUCAGCAGGAGAUGCAGCAUUCUCCGAGAUACAAGGAGAAACCUUUGUCCCAGCCUGUACUCUAGGUAUAGGACAGAAGUGUAGGCUUAACUUCGGACACGAUGUGGAUACAUUCAAGUACUUUACUAUGUGUGGUUUACAGGAGGGAUAUGAACCAUUCUGCGUGAAUAUGGUGAGAGCAGUCACCUUCUGGUACACGAAGGAGCUCUCCUCCUUCGAGAACAACGAGGACCUGGAUGCUCCUAAGAUCGAUGUGACAAGGAUGCCUGCUGGAGCUGAUAAUCCUCCGAGUCUCAAGAUCUCCCAUAAUACCUACGAGCAGGAAGAGAAGGCAGACUGGGAGUUCAUGAGACUUUCUCUUCCAGUCUCAUGCAAUGAUCGAUUCAUCUUGGAGCAGGAUAAAGCCCGGAGAUGGCAGGAGAUACAGAUGAGACAAGCAAGACAAGCAGGUAGAGGACCGCAGCAACCCAGGAGACGUGGAGGACCUGAGGACGGUCCAACCCCGGAGAUGACGAGUCCCCAACCUGCCUCUAUUGAUGAUGAGAUGCUGGAGUUAAUAAAUGAAUAUUUCUAUGGAGUGCGUGUUUUCCCCGGUCAGGAUUCAAGUAUGGUGUAUGUAGGCUGGGUCACAACACAAUAUCAUUUUCAUACAGAUGAUUUCAGCAGAGACUCUGUAAGAAGUGUGACGGUACAGAAGCUGGACAACUAUGGUGGAAUAGCUGAGAGUGUGGAAAGGCAGAACUGUUAUAUGAUGAGGGUGGAUGAGAUGUAUGCUGAAGUGUCUAAUGAUCCUUCUGGCAAACCUCCCUCUACAGGGUUAUUUGUUGGAUGUUUCAUUGACGUUUCAACAGGAUUUCUCAGCUUUACCUGCGAGGGAAAGGAAAUCAAGCAAAGGUUUAAAAUGGAGCCUGGCACAAAGCUCUUCCCUUCGGUUUUCUUGAAAGCAUCCAGCAAAGAUGCUUUACAGUUUGAACUUGGUAGAACACAAACCUCUCUUCCUCUAUCAGCAGCUGUGCUUGUCAACUCAGGAAAGCAUAUUAUCCCUCAGUUCCCUCAAAGAUUGAAGGUUCAGUGCAUGAAACCAAAGACCUGGGCCAGGGUUCCAAACAAAAACCUUGUAAACCAUGCUCUCAAGCUUUCUGAUAUACGAGGUUGGAGUUUACUCUCCGAGGAUCCUGUAUCUAUGCUUGCUAUUCAUAUUCCUGAGGAGGAUAGAUGUAUUGAUAUGCUGGAGCUUAUUGAGAAUGAGAGACUUGCAAGUUUUCAUGCACAGACCUUGAAACUAUAUGCAGCGCUUUGUUUUCAAUCCAAUUACAAGGCAAUGCAUGCAAUUUGCGCCUACUGUGACCGGAAGCAGUUGCUGUAUGCUAUACAAAACGAGUUUAUGCCAGGAAUUCUGAGACAAGCUUUCUUUGAUAUUCUGAUUUCCCUCCAUCUGGAAUCCUAUGUAUCAACUGUGGAAAUAACCCAGAAAGAAUUUAUUGUUCCCAUGACUGAAACUUUAAUGGAAUUAUAUAGUGAGCCGGAUAUGGGAAACAGCUUGAGAUCCCUGGCUUAUGAAUCCAUUAGACCCCAAAUGGCUACAUGUGAAAUAACAACAGACUUUUCUAAUAUCAAGGAGCUUACUCUACCUGAGUUUGCACUGGAUUCAUUAAGAGAGUUUGUCAUGGAAGCUCUUGAGAAUGCAGUUUCUGUUAAUCAAGUCGCAAACAGAGAUCCUAUUGGUGGAACAAACCAAGAUCUUUUUGUGCCUCUGAUUAAGCUUUUAGAUAAACUACUUAUGGCUGGAAUACUCUCGGAUGAGGAUGUAUCCAGAAUGUUGAUUAUGAUUCAUCCUCAGACCUGGGAUGAGAACUUCCAGACUUCUGAGAAUAGCGAGCAUAGAAAAGGAAUCUUAAACAUGGUGAUUCAUGAAGAUGUGAAACUUGAAUUAUGCAAACUUAUUCAUCACAUGUGUGAUGUUCAAGUAAGGCACAGAUUGGAAAGUGUAGUUUCUUUUGCCUACGGAUAUAUGGGAGAUCUUCAGUCUGACCAGCUGAGAAGAUACAUAGAGAUUAAACAGUCUGAUAUGCCAUCAGCAGUGGCAGCUAAGAAAACUAAGGAAUUCAGAUGUCCACCUAGAGAACAAAUGAAUACCAUUCUUAGUUUUAAGACAAUUGAAGAUGAGGAGGAACUUGAAGAACAUCCUUGUAAUUCAGACUUAAGAGGAAGAAUGUCAGAGUUUCAUGAUUCUCUUAUGUCAGUAAUGUCCAUUGCUUCACUAGAAGCUGAAGAUGUAGUUUUUCCAACUGCAAAUGAGGUUGCAGAUAAACCUAGUCUUCUUACAUCAUUUUCUGCAACAUUAAAAGCUGCACAAGGGGAUCAGGAGGAUGCGGGAUCAGCAGAAGAACCACAUAUCAAAUCUGCUGAGGAGAAGUUUAGAAAGGUUCUAGUUGAUACUAUUAUCAGGUGGGGAAGUGAAGCUGAAAUUGAAAACAGAGAACUAAUCAAGGAAAUGUUUAGCCUUCUCCUUAGACAAUAUGAUACUGUUGGAGAGCUUAUGAAAGCAGCAGAAAACUCAUAUAUCAUCAACUCAGAUACUACAGAAGAUGUGAAGGAUAUGUGGGUUGCUCUCAGUAGGAUUAGAUCUCUACUACCCGUUCAAAUGUCUAAAGAGGAAGAGGAACUUGUUAGAGAACUGCUGUGGACCUUGGUCAACAACCAUGUAUUCUUCCAACAUCCAGAUCUUAUCAGAAUUUUGAAGAUUCAUGAGAAUGUAAUCGCAAUUAUGAUGAACAGCAUUGCUAGAUCUGAUCAGGGUGGGGAUGGAGGUGGAGAAGCGGAAGAAGAAGGAACACCAGGGGAACCAAUUCCUACAGAUACUUCUGAUUCUUCAAGUGAAAUGGUUGUUGCAUGCUGCAGGUUCCUUUGCUACUUUUGUCGAACCUCAAGACAAAACCAGAAAGCAAUGUUUGAUCAUUUGCUUUUCAUCUUGGAUAAUGCUAAUAUUCUUCUGAAUAGACCAAGUCUGAGAGGUUCAACCCCCCUAGAUGUUGCAUAUUCAUCAUUGAUGGAUAAUACUGAACUUGCUCUUGCUCUCAGAGAGCACUAUUUGGAGAAAAUUGCUGUUUAUCUAUCUAGAUGUGGUCUAACAUCUAACUCUGAGUUGGUUUCUAAAGGAUAUCCUGACCUUGGUUGGGAUCCAGUUGAAGGAGAACGCUUCAUGGACUUCCUACGCUUCUGUGUAUGGGUAGGUGGAGAGUCAGUGGAGGAAAAUGCUAAUCUUGUCAUUCGUCUUCUCAUCCGAAGACCUGAAUGUCUUGGUCCUGCUCUGCAAGGAGAGGGAGAAGGACUUCUCAGCUCUAUAGUCAAUGCUAACAAUAUGUCUGAGUCAGUUAGUAAUCACAUAAAAGCAGCAGAAAAUGGCCACAUAUCAAACUACAGACAUCCUCUGCCUUCAAGUGAGAACGAUGAAGACUUUAUUGACACUGGAGCUGCUAUACUAAACUUCUACUGUACCCUUGUAGAUGUCCUUGGAAGAUGUGCUCCUGACGCUUCAGUUAUAGCUCAAGGAAAGAAUGAUUCCUUGAGAGCCAGAGCUAUUCUGAGAUCCUUGGUUCCACUUGAAGAUCUUCAGGGAGUUCUGAGUCUGAGAUUUAAUCUGGCAAUGCCAAUGCCAGGAUUGGAGUCUAGAAAGUCAGAUAUGCCUUCAGGUCUUAUUCCCAAUCAUAAGCAAAGCAUAGCACUGUUUAUGGAGAGGGUUUAUGGAAUUGAAGACAGAGAUUUAUUCUUCACUAUUCUUGAGAAUGCUUUCCUACCUGAUCUAAGAGCUGCAACCAUGCUUGAAAAACCAGAAGGAGGUGAAUCUGAGAUGGGUCUAGCUCUAAACAGAUUUAUUGGUAACUCCAUCCUGCCUGCAUUAAUCAAAUACAACCAUUACUAUUCUGAAGCUGAAAACUAUAAUCCAUUAUUGGAGGCCACCCUCCAUACUGUCUACCAGCUGAGUAAAGGAAAGAUGUUGACCAAUGUACAAAGACAAUCAGUUUCUGACUUCUUAAUUACUCUCACCAGAGAAGUUGCUCCGUUUAUGCUACUAAAGUUACUACGAAGGCUCACCACAGACCUUGCAAAGCUUAAUGAGUACUCUAGUGUUGCACUAAAGAUGUUGACUCUCUUCUAUGAGCGUUGCAGUAAAUAUUAUGGAUCUCCUAUGGGACAAGGUUCUUAUGGAUGUGCCUCUGAUGAGGAGAAGAAAUUGUCUAUGGCACUUUUUAGUAGUAUCUUUGAUUCUCUGUCCAACAUGGAGUAUGAUGCAAACCUGUUUGGAAUGGCUUUACCCUGUCUCACUGCUAUUGGUUCAGCUCUUCCUCCAGAUUAUGCCAUGGUGGAUCAUGGAGAUGAAGAUAUGUUUUCUAAACCUGGAGUUGUAAAUGAUAUUGGACCAUACACACCCUUGCCUAUUGACACCUCACAGGCAAACAUUAAUAAUGAACUGAACACUUUGAUCCAAAAGUUUUCUGAGCACUAUCAUGACUCCUGGGCUCAGAAGAGAAUAGAUGCAGGCUGGACCUAUGGAGAUAGAAAGGAUGUUGGAGCUAAAACACACAACAGACUGAAACCUUACUCCAUGCUGUCAGAAACAGAGAAAGAAACCUACAGGGAACCCAUCCGUGAUGCAGUCAAAUCCAUGCUUUCUCUGGACUGGCAUAUUGAAUACUCAGAGGGUGGAGGCCAAGCUCCAGCUCAUGGAGGACAUGAUAACAAUCCUCACAACUACAGACCUCAGCCAGCAGAUAUGACCAACCUAACCUUGUCAAAGGAGAUGAUGAAUCUAUCGGAGAGAUUAGCUGAGGAUGGACAUGAUAUCCAAGCUCUACGAGAAAAGAAUGAUUUGAACUUGAGGGGAGGAGGUCCUAUUAAUCUAACUCUUGUACCCUUUGAUCUUUUAACUGAAUCAGAAAAGAAGAAAAACAGAGAACGUUGUCAAGAGCUUCUCAAGUAUAUUCAAUUUACUGGUUAUAAUCUGUAUAAAACCAAGAGAAAUGAAGGUGACUCGUUAUCUGACUCUAAGAAUCCUGAAAAUAGGUUUGCAUAUCGUCUGCUGGAGAAGCUCAUAUCCUAUCUUGAUACAGCAGCCAGUAGUAUGAAAAUAUUGAAACCAUCUGCAAACUUUACCAGACGGAACAGCUUUAGCAGACCUAACAAAAAUGUAAAAUUCUUUGUCCGAGUUGUGCUUCCCUUGAUUGAGAAAUAUUUUGGUCACACUCGGCAUUAUUUUACAGCUGUUGCAACAGCCUCGUCAUCUGCAGGGGUAGCAACUAUAAAGGAGAAGGAGUAUGUUGCCAGUCUCUUCUGUAAACUUGCAAACUUACUCAGACAGAAGAAGAGUGCAUUCGGAGCUGAUGCUCCUCAAGCAGUCAGAUGUUUACAGAUAUUGAUAAAGGCAGUGGAUGCAAGAUCCCUUGCUAAAUCUCGUCCUGAUUUUGUGAGAACAUCAAUGUUAACUUUCUUCAACAAUGGUGCCUCUGACCUGGAAAAAACCAUCGCUAAUUUGAGACAAGGAAAGUAUCCUCUUCUUAGAGGAAGUCACAUUAAAACCUGCACUUCUCUCAAGUAUAUUUUUGAUGUUCUUGGACCAGUAUUUAUAUCAACCUUUGAUCAUUUAUGUGCUUUGGAGUAUGGGCAGGAUUUGCUGGUUGAUGAGAUUCAGGUUGCUUGUUGGAGAAUUCUGGAAAGCUUUUUCAUCCUGGGAACUGACCUUCAGUUGACCAAAGCAAAAAAAUUUAUAAAAACAGAUAUAGCAAACUACAGAUCCUCUAUUGGUACAAUUUUGUCUGCCAUAUCAUCCACCUUCCCAGUAGCAUUCUUAGAACCAUCCUUGAGCAAGUUUAAUCCUCACUCUGUUCUUGGAUCAGGAUUUUCUGACAGAUCCCUUGAAGCCCAGGAGGUUACUGCCAGGUUCAACUCUAAUGUUCCUGAGCUCGAGCAAUUGGUUUCUAAAUUUGACAAAUAUGUUGAGGAGAUAAAUGAUUAUAAAGAAGAACCUCAUGUUAUUGAUGUGAUUUUACCUUUACUCUGUUCUUACCUGCCAACUUGGUGGAGUCAUGGUCCAGAUAAUGUCGAUCCUAAGGGAGGAUCACAUAUAACAAUGGUCACAUCAGAGAAUCUGAAUGUUCUUCUGAAGAUUAUUCUGAAGUUAAUCAUGAAGAAUGCUGGAAAUCCAGAAGCAGAAUGGAUGUCAAGGAUCGCUCUGAUAUCAACUCAGAUCAUAAUAAACACUUCAGAGGAGCUUCUGAAGGACCCUUUCCUUCCUCUAAUGGAGAAAAUUCGAACCUCUACAGUAAAGAUGAUGGAGAAGGAGGAGAACUGCCGAGGAUAUCUUAAGGCAGCAGCUGAUGAUGCUUCUCAGAUAGAAGGGGAAAUCCAGGAAGAAUGGAAUCUCAUAGCUAGAGAUAUCUAUGCGUUCUAUCCUUUGUUGAUCAAGUAUGUGGAUCUGCAAAGAACCUACUGGAUCAGAAAUAAUAUUGCUGAAGCAGAAACUGUUUACAAUGCAGCUGGAGAAAUAUUCAACAUCAUGAAGGAAUCAUCUUACUUUAAGAGGGAAGAACUCAACUUUAUAUCCAGUAAUGAGUUGGACCCUAUGUCCCUGAUUAUGCCUGGAAACCCUAGAACUAGACAACCAGUUGUUCAAGAAGCAGAUAAAUCUUCAAGUUCUAAGAAGAAGAAAGGAAAGAAAGCAGCAGCAACUAAAACUGAUGCAACUAGUUUGCUAGUUGUUGCCCUUAAAAGACUCCUUCCAGUUGGGUUGAACCUGUUUGCUGGUAAAGAGCAGGAGCUGGUGCAACAUUGUAAAGAUAAAUUCCUCAGUCAGAAUGAAGAGGAGGAUAUUACAGAGUUCUGUAAAAACCAGUUGACCCUGCCAAACAAGUUCGAUCCAUCUGAUGCUCUUCUAUGGCAGCACCAUCUAUACUCAACACUAGGAAACAAACAAUGUGUCUCUGCUGACAAAAUGAAAACUGAAGAGCUAGAACUUCUUGUCAAUAGGAUUGUUGCGAUGGGAAAAGUUCUUUACGGGCUCCAUGUUAUUGAUCAUCCCUCGAUAGCUGGAGGAAAGGGAAGUGCUCCUAAGGUUGUCUCUAUCCAGAGAAAACGCGCUGUUAUUGCCUGUUUCCGCCAAACUUCUCUGCAUUCCCUACCCAAGCAUGCUGCUAUCAACCUGUUCUUAAAAACCUACACAGAUGUCUGGUUGAAUGAUGAGAACAGUGGACAGGAAGUUAUUAUUGAUCAUCUAACAAUGACUUUCGAGGAGGCUGAGAUGAAGAAGUCUGAACCUGAAGAGGAAUCUGCCUCAGCAGAUCAACUAACUCAGCUUGUUCAUAUGUUCAGUCAGUCUGCAAUCAUGGAGAGGUCUGGCGACCUACCUGAUGAUGAUUUGUACAUGGCAUACUGCGAUAUCAUGGCUAAAUCAUGUGGAGGAGGAGAGGAGGAAGGAGGUGAGGAGGAAGAGGAAGGAGAAGGACCUUCUCUUCAGGAACAAGAGAUAGAGAAGAUGAGACUUGAGUUUAAUCAGGGUAGGCUGGCAGAACGAGGAGUAGCGGAGAUGGUUUUGAACAAUAUAACAGCUGGAAAAGGGAAUGCUAGUGAUAUGAUUGAGAAGACUCUAGGUCUAGGUAUAUCUAUUCUUGAAGGUGGAAACCUUGAUGUUCAAUCUCAAAUGUUAGAAAUCUUGAAAGAAAAGAAAGAGUCUGGAUUCUUCACAUCGAUUGCUGGACUCUUAGCUUCAGCAUCCGUCCUCAACCUGGAUGCUUUUGAGAGAAACACCAAAGCUGAAGGUUUAGGAGUUGGGCCUGAUGGACCUGCUGGAGAGAAGAAUAUGCAUGAUGCUGAGUUUACAACCAGUCUUCUUAGAUUUCUCCAGCUCACUUCUGAAGGCCAUAACAACGACUGGCAGAACUACUUGAGAAAUCAACCUGGAAAUCCAACUAUUGUAAAUCUUGUAAUCUGCACUGUGGAUUAUCUGCUCCGACUUCAAGAAUCUAUAAUGGAUUUCUACUGGUAUUACUCCAGGAAGGAGCUGAUAGAUCCUGCCGGACAAUCCAACUUCUUCACUGCUAUCGGAGUAGCAAGUCAAGUUUUCAACACAAUUACUGAGAUUAUCCAGGGUCCUUGUGUUGGUAACCAGCAAGCUCUAGCUAUGUCAAGGCUGUGGGACGCGGUUGGAGGAUUUCUUUUCCUGUUUGCGCAUUUACAGGAGAAACUCUCUAAGAACGCAUCCCAGGUUGAUCUUCUGAAAGAAAUCUUGAACCUGCAGGCAGAUAUGGUAGUGAUGUUGCUCUCUAUGCUUGAAGGAAAUGUGUUGAAUGGAACUAUUGGUAAACAAAUGGUGGAUACCUUGGUAGAAUCUACAGCCAAUGUCGAGCUGAUUUUGAAUUACUUCAAAUUGUUCCUAAGCCUGCCAAGUGAAGAGGAGAUGGAUGAGAACGGAGACGGAACAGUUUCUCCACGUGAGAUGAGAGACAGAUUAGAAGCAACUAAAAACUACACAAGAGAAGAGAUUGAGUUCUUGUUGCUCUGCUGUGAGGAAAACCAUGAGGGAAAAAUCGACUACGUUGCCUUCAAGGACACCUUCUACGAACCCUCAAAGGCUAUCGGGUUCAACCUGGCAGUUCUUCUCACCAACCUCUCGGAGCAUAUGACCAACGAUCCUAGGUUGGCCAAAUUUCUGGAGACGGCCGCGUCGGUUCUCAACUUUUUCGAAGCUUUUCUGGGCAGAAUUGAAAUCAAAACUGCGGAUAAGGUUGAAAGGGUCUAUUUUGAAAUUGAUGAGGCCAAUAUUGAACAGUGGGAGAAACCUCAGAUUAGAGAAUCUAAAAAUGCAUUCUUCCACAAUUGCAUCAGCGAGGGAGAGGGCGAACGGAUGGAGCAAUUCGUUGAUUUCUGCGAAGACGCCAUUUUUGAGAUGCAAAUGGCUGCUUCUUUAAUGGCGACUGAUGAAGAAGUUAAGACCGUGAAGGCAGCUCCAUCUAUACCUGGAGAGGAUGAACCAAGAGGAAUUAUUGCUCCACUCAAGGAAAAUAUAGCUCUAGGGAUAAGUACAGUAGUGAAUGGUAUAAAGAUGUUGCACCCUGCAAAUAUAUCUGCUGGGAUCGCAAAGCUGAAGACAAUGACACCUUUAGAAAUUGUCUUGGGUAUGUUUACUCUAAUGUUCUAUUGUAUAUACGGAGUAGGACUUGGAACAAUCUGGGUUAAUCAGAUAGUUUUCGGAACCAUUCUCAAACUGAUGAGAGGACAGCAGAAGGAAGUGCAGAAAACAGGUGCCGGAGAAAUCGCAAGUUUCAAGAAAGCUCCGAUUGUGGAGGCUAAACCUUCAGGGCCGGCUUCGGAGAUAUCAACAGUUCAUUCUAAUCAACCUCCUUCUGAAGCAUUCGCCUCUGCUCUUGGAAUAUCCGACAGUCUAGAGAAGCUAGCUCAAGAAAAGAAGGAAAAGGAUGAUCUCGCAGCACAACAAGAAGCUGCAAUGAAAGCUGCUGAAGAUGCCAAGAGGAAAAAAGCUGCUUCAACAUCGUCAGCUGCCCCAUCAUUCAAUUUUGGAAAGUAUUUGAAAAAAAUGACAAGUUUCUUGGCAAGAAACUUUUUCACCAUGAAGUUUGCCGCCCUCGUGAUUGCCUUCAUCAUCAACUUCAUGCUUCUAUUCUACAGAGUAUCACAGAUUGAGGAGGAUGGAGAACCUAUUGAGGAUGAUGGAAUGGGAGGUUUAGAAAUGGACAUAGAUGAAGAUUCUAUUGGAGAUGAUCUUGCUCCUCCAGAUGAUGAAACUGCCCUUGAAGUCGGAGAUGAUGGAGAAGGUGGAGAUGAGGAGGAUGUUGAAGAAUAUAUUCAUGUUGAAGAAAGAUUUUACUACCUGGAGUAUAUAAUUAGUAUUCUCGGUCUCAUCCAUGCUCUUCUCUCUUUUUGUAUGCUAAUUGCCUACUACAACCUCAAGAUCCCUCUAGCUAUCUUCAAGCGGGAGAAGGAGGUUGCCAGGAAGAUGGAGUUUGAUGGAAUCUAUAUAUCCGAGCAACCAGAAGAUGAUAACUUGAAAGGACACUGGGACAAAAUGGUGAUCUCUGCCAAAUCAUUCCCAGUCAACUAUUGGGAUAAGUUUGUCAAGAAAAGGGUCAGGGAAAAGUAUUCUGAAACCUUUGAAUUUGAUGCUCUGUGUGAAAUCCUGGGUAUGGAGAAGAGUGCAAUCCCCGCUGAGAGCAGUGAAGAAACAGGAAUAAUGGCAACAUUGAAGUCAAUAGACUGGAGAUAUCAAGUCUGGCAGGUUGGAGUUACUGUUACAGAUAAUACCUUCCUCUAUCUUCUAUUCUACUUUAUUUUCUCUGUGCUGGGUAACUACAACUAUUUCUUCUUUGCUGCACAUCUGAUUGAUGUAGCUGUAGGAGUACCUGCUCUCAGGAUCAUCCUGCAGGCUAUCACAUACAACGGGAAGGAGUUGGUUCUCACUGUGGGUCUUCUCUCCAUUGUCUGCUACAUCUACACCGUCCUUGCCUUCAACUUCUUCCGUGAGUUUUAUGUAGCUGAGGGAGAAGAGGGAGAGGAUCCGGAUCAGAAAUGUCACGAUAUGUUCACGUGCUUCGUCUUCCAUCUGUAUCAAGGAGUUCGAGCUGGUGGUGGUAUUGGUGACGUCAUUGAACCACCUGAUGGAGCAGAUAACGAGUUUGUGAGAAUCUUCUUCGAUAUUUCAUUCUUCUUGUUCAUCAUUGUCAUCUUGCUUGCCAUCAUUCAAGGUUUCAUUAUUGAUGCGUUCGGAGCAUUGAGAGAUCAGCUGCAAGGAGUAGAGGACGAACUCUCAAAUAAUUGCUUUAUUUGUGGCAUUGGAAAGGACUAUCUAGACGGAAUACCGCAUGGAUUCGAUAUCCAUGUGCAGAAGGAGCACAACCUUGCAAACUAUCUAUUCUUCCUGAUGUAUCUGAUUAACAAGGAUGAGAAUGAUUACACAGGACAGGAAACAUAUGUUUGGAACAUGUAUCAAGAAAGGUGCUGGGACUUCUUCCCUGCCGGAGACUGCUUCAGGAAGCAGUAUGAGAGUGAACUUGGAGGAGGAGGAGGAUAAUUCUCAACCUUAAUUAGAAUUCUGGAAAAGAAUUAGCACGGGACGGAAUUUAAUUACUAUAUAAUCCUGACAGGGUAGGAUACAAUUCUAUCCUGACAGGGUAGGAUACAAUUCUAUCCUGACAGGGUAGGAUACUAUUCUAUCCAGACAGGAUAGGAUACAAUUCUAUCCCGACAGGGUAGAAUACAAUUCUAUCCUGACAGGGUAGGAUACAAUUCUAUCCUGACAGGGUAGGAUAAAUUCUAUCCUGACAGGGUAGGAUAAAUUCUAUCCUGACAGGGUAGGAUAAAUUCUAUCCUGACAGGGUAGGAUACAAUUCUAUCCUGACAGGGUAGGAUACAAUUCUAUCCUGACAGGGUAGGAUACUAUUCUAUCCUGACAGGGUAGAAUACAAUUCUAUCCUGACAGGGUAGAAUACAAUUCUAUCCUGACAGGGUAGGAUACAAUUCUAUUCUGACAGUGUAGGAUAAAUUCUAUCCUGACAGGGUAGGAUACUAUUCUAUCCAGACAGGAUAGGAUACAAUUCUAUCCUGACAGGGUAGGAUACAAUUCUAUCCUGACAGAGUAGGAUACUAUUCUAUCCAGACAGGGUAGGAUACAAUUCUAUCCAGACAGGAUAGGAUACAAUUCUAUCCUGACAGGGUAGGAUACUAUUCUAUCCUGACAGGGUAGGAUACUAUUCUACCCUGACAGGGUAGGAUACUAUUCUAUCCUGAAAGGGUAAGAUACUAUUCUAUUCAGACAGGGUUAAAUAUAUUUCUAUUACAAAAGGUC